CCCGGACGCUGGAGAAAGCCAAGCCGGCACCCAACACAACCCAAGCACGUGCGCCGGCCGUCCCUCGACUAACGGCCACGGCGGCGUUCGCCCUGCACCACCUCCACAGGCUACGCCACGUCCAUCGGAAGCAGGUUCCAUCGUGCGCUAACCAGCUGGCGAUCUUGGUGGCAUCAGCUGCUGGAUCUCCGACAGGCCGAGCACCCUCCCGAACCGCCUCGGCCCACCGCCGUGCCACAGCAAGGUCCAAGGAGUGGGCAGCGACGCGCUAUACGUACUGUAGGCAACCAUCGGCGCAGCUUGUACUGUGGAGACAGCGCUGCCGUGUCUCGUUUGGUGAAAUUUUAGCGCGCGUCAGCGUUGACCAAAGCUACUUGUGUGUAGCUACUCGCGACGUUCCAAGCAGCACUGCGGAUGUGCGGAUCUCGCUCGUUAUCUUGGACGACGAGUGGUGGCGACGAUUGCUGACCCAUCAACCUCCGCGGUGUAAUGAUCCGCAGCACCAACGCCAACUGCAACGAGUAGCUCGGCAACGACAACGAGGUCGACGACGACGACCACGAGGACGUCAAGAAUGGUUGCAAUACGAUGGCGGCGAUGACAUGACCAAGGUGAUGGCAUCGCGUUCCGAGAGACCGCGUGGUGGCGUUUAACGCAUAAAACGUUGUUUGCCCGAUCAAGGCGGUUCUAGAUUUUGGCGUGAGUAACAGGCGUCGCCAUCACCGCAAACGCCAAGAGCAUGGGCGCGCUGUGCCAGAAAGAGGCGGCGCGGGACGUCGCCGCGCCCUCCGCCGCCCGGACGCUGCAUGUGAUCCUCGUCUACUCCAACCCGCAAGGCUUUGCGAGCCGGCGAAAGCUCCUGCUGCAGACGCACCGCCAUCUCCUCGCGCUGCAAGCGGCGCUCCAUGGCCGCGACAAGCUCGAGAUUGCCGUUGCCCAGAUCGCGUACGAUAGCCUCGACUUUGUGAGCUUGGACGUGCAAGGGCAAUAUGAUCUUACGUUGCGGACGCCGUCGGUGAAUGCGAUCUGGAGCAAGGAGAACCUCAUCAACCUCACGGUGCGCAACAUCCUCCAGCGCACGGCCCACUGCGCAGAGUACUUUGCGUACGUCGACGCCGACAUUACGUUCGAGAGCCCACAUGUGGUGACCGACACGCUUGACCGCCUGCACCCGCACGCGAUGCUGCAGCUCUUUGAGACGGCGACGCUCGAGAACCCGACGCCGGUGGUCGUGAAAGGCUUUGGGUACCAGUACCACAUGAACAACAAGCUCGCGUCUGCGCUCAAGAACGUCUCGAACGACCAUGAGGAGUAUUGGCACCCGGGCUUUGCGUGGGCGCUGCAUCGGGACGUGUUCCUUGCCACCGGCGGUCUCAUCGAACGCUCGUACGGCUCGGCGGACCGCCACAUGGCCAUGGCGAUCCUCGGGCGCGCCCAAGACUCAAUCCCGACCAACUACACUAUCGCACCUGCGUAUUCGCAGAUGAUUUUGGACUGGCAGGCCGUCGCGAUGGAGUACGGCGUCCAGCUUGGCUACGUCCCCGGGUCCAUCUUUCAUAGCUGGCACGGGUCGCUCGUGAACCGCCAGUACAUGGGCCGGUGGCAGACGCUCGCCAAGCACCAGUUCGACCCGUUCGAGCACCUUCACGUGAGUCCCGAGACGGGGCUUCUCGAGUGGUCGGCCGCAGCCUCGCCCGAGCUCCGCGAUGAAGUAGCCACCUACUUUUCCAACCGCGACGAAGACGAGCCAAUGCCGAGUGCAGACCGUGCGAGCACACGCCCAAGCUCAACGCCCAAGGACAAGACCAAGAAAAAGAAGAAGAAGAAGGAAGAGUCGUCGUCCGAGUCGAUGACCAACGACUCGAGCGACAUAACAGUGUCCGUGCCCCAUGAAGAUCGCGGGUCGUCCAGCAGUAGCAGUGCCGACGAUACUGGGCACCACCACCACCACCACCACCACGAGGAGGAUGGUCAGCACCACGAUGGUCACCACCAUGGCCAUCACCAUCAUGACGCGCAUCACUCAACCGGCGACCACGGACAGUGCAAUGACGACGCCUCGUCGUUCCCGAGUGUCUACGCGGGCGGGUGCUAAAUAGCUCGGAGGACAUUUAUGCAAUGUGAAUACUACCAAACUGUGCACACUCA